CUGAUCCAGCGGAGUGGAGAUGGCGCUGCGUACAGUGUGAGCGGCUCGGCAGGCAAAGUUUGGAGAAGCGGCGGAGUUCGGCGGAGUACAGGAGCGCCGCGCUGUAACACGGGCUCAUCUUUUUCUUCGCGAUAUUAAUAUUUCCACAUGGCUCUGCAGAAAAAUCCGAGGUGGUGAUGCAUCAUUUUUUGCAGGGGGUUUAGUAAAGGCGAAUAGCGAGUUCGGAAGACUUUUUACCGCAAAAGUGCGUGUGCUUCAGGACUUUGUAUCUCAGCGGGGGUUUCGUGCCGUUUUACACCGGGGCGAGUAAAUGAGAUACGCGGAGCUGCAGGGCUGUAUUACGGGAUUUCAUGACCGAGGCGGGCUUAGUUUCGCUAUCAUGAAUUAUCAACGGGGAGGUCAAGUCGAAAACUGAUUUAAAAAAAAAAAAAGUCAUGAACGACCCCCGCGAUAAGGACUUGACAGCAGUUCCGAGGAAGCGCCGCCUCAUGGCUGCAGUGUUACCCGGGGAAGAGAGCGCAUUGCCCGGCGAUGGACCCAGACUGGACCGAAACGGGAUAGGACUGAUUUACUGCUUCGUUUGUGGGAAUGGUGUGACAGCCGGCAAAGAACUGAAAUUACAAGUCAGGCACCGGAGAGAUAAGGAUCCGUUUUUCCCGUUUCUGCAGCAUCAGGAACCGGCCCCGGGGGCGGCCGAGGUGACCGCGGACGGAUGCGUGCUGGUCUGCGCCGUGUGUCAUUGCUUUCUCGGCGAGCAGUGGAACUCUUUCGAAAGGUCCCGUACGCCGCUGGAGAAGCGCAUGUACUGGCUGAAGAGGCCGUACCAGUGCGACUCCAGAAGGGUGCCCCAGGACUGGGACGCGGCUUACGACCUGGAGCGGAGGGUCAGCACGGGUAGCCGGCACUGCGACGCCACCGACUCGGACUUCUCGACCUUCUCCGACAACGACAACGCGUCCGACCGGGAGCUGGAUUUUAUCUGCAGAGCCGGCGCCAGCAAGGAAAAAAGUUUUCGGCUGUCUGGGUACAGAGACGGCGCUGGGAAAAACUGCGGCGUCAGUGUGAAAAACAGCCCCGAUUCUCAGCGGCUGGUCCGCUGCACUGCGCAGGAUUCCCUGAAUUCAGAUGGCACUUUGUCGCCGAGGGGCUCCGCUCAGAUGAUCAAUCAUGCGUCUCUGUCUGCCGCCUCUCUGGUUUCCCCCCACGACCGCCAGCCCCUGCGCCGCUACAACACCCCGCCCGCAGACGCCACCAUGCAAGACAACGGGAUCAUUAUACGCAACAAGCACUGGAUGCCAGAGGGGAUUGCCAAACAUCUGGAUCUGCUCCAGCAGGCUGCUGACGGCUCUAGGUAUCUGCUGGGUCGCAAGAAUCACAUGGCGGCCGAUGCUGUGGAUGCAUGCUCACCUGCUGGUGUCGCGCGCAAGAAGAGCGAGGAUGGGGGUCACAGCAGCAGCGAUUCAGACAGCGACGAGAUAAACAUUACGAGUGAGGACGACCUGGAUGUUUUCGACGUCGGUAGCAGGACAGAGAGCGGAGGGGCCCGGAGUAGAUGCCCAGGCACACAGAGGAGCCCCGCUACCAAGGCGCGGGGUGGCAGCGGCGCAGUGGAGGAAUGCGUGUGUUACAUUUGUGGUAGCAGGCUGUCCCAGUCUGGCCAGUUCAGGGUAUACGUGCAGAAGCAGGAGAGGGCUGUGGACGAACCCUUUUUCCCUUUCCUGUGGCUGCAUAACGCUCCCCCUGGAGCGGCACCCUUAAGUCCCGGUGGGGGAACUCUUGUGUGUGCCACCUGCCACUCCUCCCUCAUGCAGCAGUGGCAGGGCUUCGAGCUGGCCAGCGUGCCUGUGCUGCAGCGUCUUUACGUCGUUCCGCUGAACGCGUCGGCCGUGGGCACGUCGCCUCACUCCGGCGGCAGCCAGGGGGCGCCGGAGCUCUCCUCGGAGGCCUGCUUCCUGUGUGGCCGGGAAUGCGGCUCGGACAUGCGGGUGGCCUGCGUCCAGGCGGGGGUGGGCAAAGCACGUGGCACCAUGCACUUCCCCUUCAUCGGCCUGCUGCCCCGCCCACCGAAUGCCGAGGGGGUGCAGGACGGCCAGGUGCACUGUUGCGCUCUGUGCCACAGCAUCCUGGAGGAUCUGUGGACGGCGUACCGACUCUGCCUCAGCGAGGAGCUCAUCACCUCCGUCGGGCCCUUUCUCGGGAGGUACCACCAGGUGACCAGCAGGGACCCCCCCCGGAGUGGGCCCCGGACGGGCCUCGCCUGCGUGUGCUACCUCUGCGGUGCCGAGCUGGACGCUGGCGGAGAGUUCCAGUUGAGCGUAAACCCACCGGGGCGCCGUGGCGAGCGCGAGCCGUUCUUCCCCUUCCUCACGGUGCAGCCUCCGGCACCGCACGCCAAGCCCGUCGACCCCACGGGCCUGGUGUCCACCUGCGCCCUCUGCUACCACGACCUGCGUGCCCAGUGGGCUGUCCACGAGGGCCGCCUCGGCCAGCCCGCCAGCAGCCCCUGGUCCAGGCAGUACAGUUGCGACACCUUCGUCUGCUUCUUCUGCCGGCAGGAGAGGAGGCGUUGCCUGGGCCUGAGGGAGGUGCAGGUGGCACGGCUGCCCGUCUUCCUGUACGCACCCCGGGGUGGACGCACUCUGGUGGUGGAUGAUGGGAAGAAGCUGAUGAUUGGUUCCUGUGUGGAUUGUAAAGCGAUGGUGUUGGCGGGGCAGGCGGUGAGCCAGAACUCGCUAUUGGGAAACUCCUCACCUCUGGGCAAGCACAAGCACUCUUCCUUAGCACCAGAACCAGUGGCUGGCUGCAGCAAGACCGCAGACUCCGCCCCACAGCCCAGCGCAGUGGGAGGGACCCGUGAAGAAGGCCACGCCUCUCUGACAGGCAUCAGCUCCGCCCCUUCUGCACAGAGUGUCCCAGAGACCGACAGAGCGGACCGGCCACCUUCCAGUGAGUACCCCUUUCCAUUCUCUUAUCUCACGGCUUCCUGGGUGACUUAACAAGCCAGCAAAGUACAGGGGCUUGUCCCCCACCUGCUUGCAGGGAGGAGGGGUGAAUACGCCCUGGCUUUGAGGACACCGUGUGGCAUAUCUUGCCUCAAGGCCCGUCCUGUGGGCCGGCGCUAACUGGUGGUCUGUCAGCGGGGGGUGGGAUAGGGGGGUGCAGUUGAAGCAGCCUGGAUUGCCUGUAGCAGGUCUGCAUCUGAGGCACCAUGAGGCGGAUCUCUGAUAACCCUGCAGAGGAGCUGCUCCAAUCUCCUGUCCACCACGGCAUUGUGGGACCUGACAGCUAUGCUUCCACACCCCCCCCGUGAGCUAGUCUGCUAGUGUUAGAGGCUCUGUGUGUGUCUGUGUAUGUGUUUCAAUGUUGCAUUGUGGGGACCAAAAUGAUAAAAAAAACUAUUAUUUUGAAAUUCUGGGGACCUUCUUCUCUAUCCCCUCCAGUAGAAACUGAAUUUUAUAAAAAUCUGUGACUGCAUGGGGAAUGUUUUUUGUUUGGUUACUUAUAGUUAAAGUUAGGGCUGGGUAGGGGUUAGGGUCGUCAUUGCUGGG